GAUCUCUCUCAGCCUCCGACGCUUUUUUCAGAAUCUUAAACCCCGCCGUAUCUCCGCUGCAUUCUUUGCCUUUUGGAAUUCUCGAUGGCUUACGGAAAAUCAGAUCUACCUGAUGAUCUCCUCUCCUCCAAAACAAGCUCUGAUCACACCUUCCCCAAAUGUGAAACAUGGGAAAGGAACUUGGAGGACAAAGGACUCACAGGGUUACUUGAGGACACAAAAGAUCAAGCAAUUUCAGAGAGCAACAUACCUUUGUCCCCACAGUGGCUUUACGCUAAACCGUCUGAUUCUAAGAGGUUGUCUUCUGGAACUUCUGGGGAUAUUAGAACUUCAAGUUUGUUGCCGAAUAAAACCUCUGGUGAUCUCAAUCCAAAAGAUAGUUGGCGUUUGGAUGGGUCUCAGGACAAGAAAGACCGGACGAGGACUGCCCCUGAUCUUGAAAGCAGUCGUCGCGUGAAGAGGAGAGAGAAACAAGCUUACUUGGCCGAAGAGAUCGCAGAAAAGAAGACCGCCGUGCUGAUGUUUCAUCGAAAAGGGAUGCUCCUGAAAAUAGGACCUUGGCGUCUUCAGAGCGACGACAUGAUGUUAGCAGUCGUAAUUCAAGCCAUGAAUCUCGAAGUGACAACAAGUGGUCUUCAAGAUGGGGUCCUGAAGACAAAGAAAACGAUUCUCGAACUGAAAAGAGGACAGAUGCUGAGAAGGAAGAUGCCCCUACUGACAAACUAGCUCUUGUCAGUGGGGGCUGCUUAGCUUCUGACCGUG